GUUACUUUCCAGCCGUUAGUGUGCCGGCCUUGAUUGAAAGUUACGUUAUAUCCGUCGGCGAGUUUCCGUUUCUUUCUCACAAAAGCCAACAUGCCUCCCAAGAAGGAUUCAAAGGCUUCGGCUAAGCAGCCCCAGAAGACCCAGAAGAAGAAGGAAGGAUCCGGUGGUGGCAAAGCCAAGAAGAAGAAGUGGUCCAAAGGAAAAGUCCGUGACAAGUUGAACAACCAAGUGUUGUUUGACAAGGCUACCUAUGAUAAACUGUACAAGGAAGUACCAUCUUACAAGCUGAUCACUCCUUCAGUUGUCUCUGAACGUUUGAAGGUCCGUGGUUCCCUUGCCAGGAGGGCACUCAUUGAACUUCAACAGAAAGGACUCAUUAAACAAGUCGUUCAACACAGAGCACAGCUCAUCUACACCAGGACGACAAAGGGUGAUGAUCCAGCUGCAUAAUUUUUAAGAUAAAUGUAUCUUUACUUGUAAUAAAAUUAUAAAAAAUCCAA